AUGAUCCCUUCACCAGUUUCCAAGAAGAUAAGAAGUAGAUUGAACUUGUCAAUCCACAAGAAACCUCAUUUUUUAUUUCGUGAAAAUUUGUUAUUAGAUAAAAAAGAAAAAUGGCAACCCAAAUUAAAGAAGGGUCAUCCUGAGUUUGAAAAACAAUUUGAUAUAUUAAAUCGACAGGUAACAGGGUUUCGUAAGUAUAAAGCGCCACCUACCAGACGAGAAGAAAUUAAAAAAGAAUAUGAUAUAACAAACUUCCACGAAGUUAAAUCAAAGUUUAGGUUUGAAAUUGAAGGAUUUUUUGAAGAUGGAGGUAAUGUGUUUUGUGAAGAAUUAUAUCGAACCGUGAAGCGCUUGUAUAUAGUUGGAUGGAUAAAGUGUAGAAAGCGUUUUGCUACAGGACACUUUCAAGGGGACUCUUAUACCAUUUCUUAUAUGAGGCAUUGGUUUGAUAUGUAUUCAUCAGACCGAAAUAAAAUUGAAAAAUUAAACAUUUUUGAUGAAAACCAUGGAAUAUCCCAUUUUGAUUAUUACAAUAUAACAAUAGUAAGAGAUUACAGAACGCCAGGAAAGAAAAAAAUGCAUUUAAUUCAGGGUCAAGACUUUCUGAAAACAAAGGCGUUAUUUAAUUAA